AUGUGCAAGAAUUCUAUCCGCCACAACUUGUCCUGUAAUCAGCUGUUCAAGCGAAUACCUCGACAAAAUGGAGAGAAAGGAAAAGGUUCCUACUGGAAGCUGAAUGAUGCCAGUGGCAUUGCGACCAGUGUUCCAACUAAGAAAGUGAGAACCAAGUGCGUCUCCGAAACAACGGCGGAAUGCCCUGCGAAGCCGACUUCCCGUGUCAACACUGCCGUACUGCAGUAUAUGGAUUCGAUUCGAAACCAACAGAAACCUAUCGCUCCUCAGGAUAUUUCCUUAUUUGAUGAAGCUGGAGCUACUGUGUGGGAUGAUAAUGUGCUUCUGAACUAUGAAAACAACUCGCCCGCUGGUUCAUCUGUGCAGAUGGAUCAUUCUGAAUCGUCAUUCUCUGACGUCGGAUUCUCAUCUGAUGAACAAGGGAUGUCAUCGGACUACACAUGGCAAAGUGAUUUCUCGUCCUACGAUCUCGAAGCACUCCCAGUGGUACCAUUCGUAGGUCAAUUCGAAGAAUUCCACUGUGAUAACAUUGAUAUCGAUCCAAACACACCUCCUCAAUGGCAGAAUGUCGAUCAGUACUAUGACGAACUGAUGCGAUUAGAAGGCGAAGACCAUUAG